GCAAGGCAAGGUUGGGCAGGUCCUAGAGGCAUGCCCCUCAGCCAAGUCAACUUCAACUUUGAACAAACUGAUUAACUUAUUAGCUCAUGCAUUAUUCACACUUUAUGCAACUGGUCAGACAAUAUAAAAGGAAACACUCAAACGAUUUCCACUUUAUUCAGUAAUUGUCUGUCGCCGUUGCAAGAUGGGUUUACGCCAGCUCUUCCCGGCGAUGUACACGCUGCCGGACAAGUCGUCCGUCAAGUCGCGGCAGGCGACGCUCUACUUGCUGAACUGCAUUUUUCUAAUGGGCAUCAGGACACCGCCGAGGGGCUGCUGCCUCUUCUUGAUCUACGUCGCGUGGUCGUUUGCUUUAAAUCUCUGCUCCACCUUCUAUCAGCCCUUUGGCUUUAUGAUCGGCUAUGUGUCGCACCUGUCGGAGUUCUCACCUGGCGAGUUUCUCACCUCACUGCAGGUAGCCUUCAAUGCGUGCACCUGCUCGACCAAGGUGAUCAUCGUUUGGAUAUUCGUGAAGCGUUUCGAUCAGGCCAAUGCGCUCUUCGAUGAGCUGGACAAGCAAGUGCUCGAGCCGGCUGAGCGGGGCCGAAUUCAUCGCGCCGUCUCGCAGAGCAAUCGCAUCUUCUUCGUCUUUAUGAGCGUCUAUAUAAUCUAUGCCACAACGACGUUCAUCAGCGCCUGCAUCAACGGCGUGCCGAUGUUCCAGAACUAUUAUCCCUUUCUGGACUGGCGCGCUAGUCGCCAGCAAUAUUGGCUACAAUCGUGCCUGGAGUACUUCACCAUGUUCGGCGCCUGCUUCCAAGACGUUUGCGUCGAUUGCUAUCCCAUCAAUUAUAUCCUACCUCUGCGUGCUCAUAUGGCGAACUUUGCGGAGCGACUGAGAGGACUGGGACACGAUCCGCAGGAGAGUUCGGAGGAGCGUUACGAGAAGCUUAUCGAGUGCAUAAAGCACCAUAAGAUCAUACUCAGUUUCUGCGAUACUUUGCGUCCGAUUAUCUCUGGCACCAUUUUCGUUCAGCUUCUCGUUGUGGGAUUGGUGCUGGGCUUCACCAUCAUCAACAUUGUCAUGUUUGCCAAUUUCGCUUCUCGCAUUGCUUCUCUCUGCUUUAUGACAGCUGUCCUCUUGGAGACGACGCCCUUUUGCAUACUCUGCAACUACUUGGCCGACGAUUGCAUGAAGCUAGCCGAUGCGCUAUUCGAAUCGAAUUGGAUCUAUCAGGAUGAGCGCUAUAAGAAGACCGUUCUACUGUUUCUACAGAGUCUACAGAAGCCAAUUGUCUUCAUAGCUGGCAAUGUUUUUACCAUUUCUGUGGCUACAAAUUUGAAUGCCACUAAGUUUUCGUUCUCGGUCUUUACUCUGGUCAAGCAAAUGAAUAUUGCAGAAAAACUAUCCCGACCAAAUGGAACAGAAUAAUGUUGUUAAAAAUAUAAAUAAUAUCAUCUCAUUGUUUUUAUUCGAAUAAUUAAAAAUUUAAUGUGACACUGAUUGGUGGAUACUGUAAAAUUAUUAAAAUUGAUAAUCUCUUUUAUCUGAAAUAAGGUCUUGACCUUGGAUUUCUAAGAUCUCUCCCGCUCUAUUAUUUCAUGUCUCUCUAUCUAUUACUAUAUCGAUCUCACAGCUUAUACCAUUGUUGACCUCUAUCUCAGACCCAAU